AUGGACACGCCCGCCCUCCCUCUUCCUCCAGCACUCGUCAAGAGAGUCCGCAGCCAGCCUGCCGUAGCAAGAGACCAGAAUGCCGAAGCGGGCUCUAGCAAGCAGCCGCUCAUGACGGUCGAAGAGGCAGCCGCAAAGAUUGCUAGGAAAGAGCAGAAGAAGCGGAGACGAGAACAGAAGGCCCUUGCUAUCGCGGCUGUAGUCCCGAAUGGUGUGGAGACCACUACAGUCCCAAAUGGCGAGCCGAGCGAGGCAAAAGAAGCAAGAGCUGGUAGGCGGAGGAGGGAUAAGGGCAAGGCCAAAGCGGGAGAUGCCGCAGGCGGAGGGGGGGAAUGGCAGUGCCUGCCCCUCGCGCAGAGCCAGGUAUCGAAGAUACCUCCUAUCUGGACCAGGGACGGACGGUUUUAUGUGACCGCCGAAAACACCUCAAUCCACGUCCAUUCCGCUUCCCCGCCAUACGCCCGGAAAUCCACCCUGGCCGCCUCCGUCAAGCCCCAUAAGGCACCCAUCACCGCGCUCCUCCUCUCACCUCUGAGCCCCGCGCACGUCGUCUCUGCGAGCGAAGAUGGCAGUGUCAAGAUCUGGGACCUCGAAUCGGGGGACGUCGUCCAGACGAUCCAUGUCAUCGAGGGCAAGGUACUGCAGAUGUGUAUCGGACAGGUAGCGGGCAGGUGGGAGGUGUUUGUGACUGUGUGUCUUGCGCGUGCAGGGAAGAAGUCCGCCUCUUAUCGCAUCUUCCGAUUCCCAUACCCCACCUCGUCAUCCUCCACACCCCAAGCCCUAAUAUUCAACAAGCUCGGCGCGGCCCCCACCGCCCUCUUCAUCUCCCCUUCUUCCCUCUACCUCGUCGCCCUCGCCGCCAACAAGGCCUACACCUUCCUCCUCCCCCUCCCCGGCUCCUCCCCAUCUCCCGACUGGAAAGCCCAGCUCGUCAAAUUUGUAACUGAUCAGCCGCUCACAUGCGGCACUUUCGCCCCGCUCGACAAGCUCAAACCCAAGGCCGAAGACUGGUUCGCUACAGGCGACGAAAAGGGUGUUAUCCGUCUCUGGCACGGUCUGGGCCAGGCGUUCCGGUUACUCGGGGCGUCAGGACAAUCCAAGGACGGCGCGGAGGUGGAGAAACGACUCCCGACCACGUCGUUGCAUUGGCAUGCGCACGCGGUGGCUGCGCUCGCGUUCACGCCGAGCGGAAGCCAGUUGCUUUCGGUCGGUGAGGAGAGCGUGCUGGUGCAGUGGCAUCUGGCGUCAGGGAAGAGGGAGUAUAUUCCGAGAUUGGGUGGGAAGCCGAUUCUGAGCUUGGCGAUCAAGCAGGCGGCGGUAAAGGGACAGGAAGAGGAGUGGUGGAUGGCUUUUGCGGAUGGUGCGGUGCAGAAGGUCGGAGCGGGGAGUGGUCGGAUUGAGGGUGUAGGACAAGGAGUCAAGAUUGACCCUCUACGCCAGACCGACGCCACUACGCCCUACCCCCUCACUCUCCACCCGAGCACCUCGGCCCUCGUCCUCCCCUCUUCCAACCCCGGCACCCUACAAUUCGUCAACCCCGCCCAGACGUCCCUGCUCUUCGACCUCGAAGUGGCCCCCUCUAAUCGCGUAUCCAGAAGAGACGAUAAACACCUCGUACCCGUCGCGGUCGAGCAUGUCGCUUUCUCCGACGCUGUCAAGGGACAGUGUGAGUGGAUGGCCACUGUAGAGGGGAGAAAGGGGGACGAGUGGGAAGGUGGGGGCGAAGUGAGAAACCUAAAGAUUUGGCGCUGGGAUGGGCAGAGGUAUCUCGUCAAUACGCAGUUCCCACGUCCGCACGGUAUCACCGAGAUCUCGUCGCUCGCAUUCUCCCCGCUCAAUACCCCUACCUCGCCGGCGUUGCCUUACCUCCUCUCGACGGCGAUCGAUGGGACGGCGAAAUUGUGGCAAGUCCGUCAGUCUAAAAAGAGCGAGCACGGCAAAAAUGCAUCGAAACGACCAGCCUCAUACGAUCUCUUCUGGUCAUCCCGCUCAAGCUGGACAUACCGCUCCCUCCCCAUCCUCUCCGCGUCCUUUUCACCCGACUCCACACUCAUCGCACUCGCGCAUGGCGCCUCGGGCGUCCUCAGUCUCUGGGAUACCGAAAGCAACGUGCUCCUCCGUGCGCUUGAUGCGGGGGGCAGUCUGAAGUGCCUGAACCAUGUGGUGUUUGCGGGCGAGAGUGGGCGGUGGGUCGUAGGUGCGGGACAGGGGGGUGUUGUUAGCUGGGACUUGCUGUCGUGCGAGAAAACCACAUCCGUCUCUUCCCAAAACAUCACCUCUCUCCUUCCCCUCCCUCAUUCCAAUUCCUUCCUUACUGCCCAGACGAUCUCCCAUUCCACCAUCAUCUCCAUCUACACCCCGACUUCCUCUACGCCUUUACGUAGUGUCACUGUCCCGCACGCCCUCCGAACGCUUCUGUACCUCCCUUCUUCCCGCCAGGCUCAGGCCUCCUCGGCCGCAGCUGGGUCCCAUCUCAAUUUUGCGGCCCUCACCCUCACCGGCGACUUGCUGCGUCUGGGCGACGAUACUUCCUCCGCACCUAUCUCGUCUACACUCGCGCUCGCGCCUGAAGAGGACGACAAGGGCAAGGGGAAGCUGUCGAUCUGGCAAGAGAUGUUUGGGGAACAGGCGUUCCUUGCUCCAACGUCGACUUCAGCCACAGAAGCCGGACCGUCGACACUCCCCCUGCCCGAUCGCAAAGCCCAAGCAACGGGCCGGAAGGGCGCAGUGGCGGUAUAUGACGGACCGAGCCAUACGCUUCCUCCAGCCCAUCUACUGUUUGACGGGUUCAUGCAGGCCAUCCUGGACGCUGGGUCGUACGCUGCCCAGGCGGUGGCUGGGGAGGGCGAUGGGGGAGGAGAGGGAGGGGACAAGGUGUUGUAUGAGAUGGAAGAGGAGGCGGGGGCUGGUGGUUUGGAGGGGAGGGUGCAGGAGAGGGAGGUGGGUGUGGAUGAAGUGAAGGAGUUGGAGGUGUUUUUUUCGGGGCUGUUGGCGGAGAAGAGUAAGGGGAAGGGGAGGGCGGUAGUGAACGGGGCCAAUGGUCAUCCGGAGGAGGAGGAGGAGGAAGAGGAGAUGGAAGUGGAAGUGGAAGAACCCGAGGAGAGACCGGCAGUUGUGUCCAAGGUGAAUGGAAGUACGCCGAGGAAGGUCAAUGGUGCGGCUAGGAUGACGGAGGAAGAGGAAGAUAGGGUGGUUUCACAUGCGGAACAAGGGGCGUCGGGGAAGAAGGGGAAGAAGAGGCGGGCACCGAAGGAUCUGGACUGA